AUGGCUCCUGCUGUUCCUAGAUCUGGAGAUGCGAUUUUCGCUAAUGUUGAGCGUGUGAACUCUGAGCUGUUCACUCUGACGUAUGGAGCGAUCGUUCGACAGUUGCUUACGGAUCUGGAGGAGGUUGAGGAAGUCAAUAAGCAGCUCGAUCAAAUGGGUUAUAAUAUUGGGAUCCGUCUGAUUGAUGAGUUCCUUGCAAAAUCUAAUGUCACUAGAUGUGUUAAUUUUAGGGAGACAGCUGAAGUCAUCGCAAAGGUUGGGUUCAAAAUGUUUUUAGGGGUGACUGCAUCUAUGACUAACUGGGAUUCAGAAGGAACGUCUUGUAGCCUCAUUUUGGAGGAUAAUCCGCUCAUAUAUUUUGUUGAGCUUCCAGAUACUUGUCAAGGUUUAUAUUACUGCAACAUUCUAAGCGGAGUAGUCAGAGGAGCUCUAGAAAUGGUAAAGCUCCUGAAGCAAGUUCCAGAGGAGUAUCCCUACAAAGAUGAUGAGUAA